UCAAACCGUCCUACAGUGAUGACAGACUAGUAAAUGCCUCCAAUACCAAUCUCCGCUCGUACAUGACAAUCGCAAGACCAUCAGCCAAUCCGUCUCCUAAUACCAAACCUAGAAGACCACACUCAACACCAGGUGGGGUAACAGAAGUGCAGACACCGCCAUCCACGCUGUACCUACAACCGAGCAGUGCGGGUCACGGGAGUCGGUUGAGGAGUAAAAGCAUGGAAGGCUUUGCCCAAUCACAGCCCUUGCCUCCGAUAAAAGUUCCAUCACAAGAGGGCGGUCUUCGACGGCCCCAUGCCAAGUCAAGUGCUAGCAGCGGACGGAGUAAGUCAGUCUCCAUUGCUCCUUCCCUUAUCGAAACCCCAAUUACACCGGUACAUCAAACAUCAUCACCGAACACUCCUCCUGGAUCGUCCGUAGAACCGACACCGUUGCCAAUGGAUACACCAAUAGGUCACAUCACAAAG